AUGGUGGGUAUAAAGACCGAUAAGCCGUCCAGUGCGACACCUCCAACUACUCCAGCAAGCUCAUCUGGAUACCAAAAUGUCGACCUGUUCGCAGCAGGAAUCAGAUGCACUAGUUGCAAAACCGUCUGCGAUAAUUCGGAUACGUCAUUCUGUGAACAUUGCAAGUUGAAUUUCUGUUUUGUAUGUUGGUCACAACAUUUAGAGGAUUUACGAAUUCAAGUGGGAUCCAUAUUGAAACAGCUCGAAACGGCAGAAAGUCGAUUGACCCACAAAAUCGAACAUUUUAAGGAUCGCUGCGAACACAUCGCUGAACAAAUAAACCUGGCUGCGGAGGAGAAGAUAAACGUCAUUUUGGAAGCGAAACUUGGUCUUCAAGAAGAGUUGACAGGUUUGCAGAAAUCGAGUGACAUGUCUGCCUUGGCUUUGCAGUCUUCGUUGAACGAGGCAAAGCAAGUUGCUAAUAAAGCGUUUGAGAACACAGAUGAUAUUAACAAGGUCAAAACUUUUGUACAUCUCCACCAAAACACUCUACAAUUGCUGUCGGAUGUCUCGAAAUGGGAUGCUGAGAACUUCAUGUUCGAUAAAGAAAAUUUCAGAAUCGAAUCCGAUGUAUCUACGCCUUGCGAUGCGGAAUCAGACGAUCCUUUGCCAGAAGCGGGUAAACAGAAUAACCCUUUGGAGAACGAAACUAGCCUCAUGCUGCAUUAUAAGUCCAGGAACUUUGUGCCCCAUUAUAUGUGGCGUAAGACAGCACGGCCGUGUGGUGUCGGCCUCAGUCCUUGGAACAACCAUCUAUACAUAUGUGACAUGGACAGUCACAGUGUAAUAGUUGUCGAGCGGACACAGGCCAAAAUUGUAAUGCGAUUAUCCUGUGAGCAAAUGCUGUGUCCAGUCCAAAUUGCCUUUAUGAAGAGUUUGGGCGAAGUUUAUAUUACAGACAAAUGGAAGCACUGUAUCCACGUGUUUUCGAAGGACGGGGAAUAUAUAACAUCUAUAGGACAAAAAGGAAGUCGCGUUGGUAUGUUCCGCUCUCCCGAAGGCAUCGCUACAGAUAACGCAAACCAUCAUAUUUACGUCGUAGACACUGGGAAUGAUAGGGUUCAGGUCCUAGAACCAAACGGUAAAUGCGUGGACCAAUACGGAGUCGGCGUUCGAUCCCAACCUAAAAACACAUCCAGCAUUUGGGAGAUGAAAGAGACAAUGUGCACGGAAUUCAACGCUCCAACAGCGGUAGCGGUCACAAACGACCGGGUUAUCGUGCUGGACAGUGGCAAUCGACGGGUCAAAAUCUACAACAAACACGAUAAGAGCAAAAUCGUCGAAUUCGGGUCAAUGGGUCAAAGGAAGGGUCAAUUCCGACAGCCAGAAGUUCUAGCUGUCGACCCAAUGGGGUAUAUCCUAGUGGGCGAUUCGGGCAACUGCAGGGUUCAAAUUUUUAAGCCAAAUGGGCAGUUGGUUAGGGUUUUCGGGCGACUUGGCUCCGAGCCGGGUAAAUUUAGUUGGAUUUCGGGUAUACAUGUUACCAAACAAUUAGAUGUGAUUGUUAGCGAUACUAAAAAUCACUGCGUUAACUUCUUUUAA